AUGGCUGACGCCACAGUCCUUCUCCUCCUUGUGCUCGCCGUCGCGGCCGCAGCCAUGGCGCCCACCGCCGUGGCCACCAGCAGAAGCAGGAGCCUGGGACAGAUCAGGAGCCGGUUCCUUCAGGCGCCGCAUCGGGAAGCAGCUGGAGAUCCUUACUUCCGGCCGUUCCCGGCGAUGUACCGCUGCUCCAGGGCGUCGGCGGCCGCCACGUGCCUCGCGGCCGGGAGCCCCGGCGCGGCGUGCUGCGGCGGCCAGUGCGUGGACACCGCCACCAGCGGCGGCCACUGCGGCGGCUGCGGCAGGGCGUGCAGGCACGGCCGGACCUGCUGCGGCGGCCGCUGCGUCGACCUGCUCUUCGACGGGGACCACUGCGGCAGCUGCUCCAACAGGUGCAGCAGGAGGUGCACCUACGGCCUGUGCAACUACGCUCAGUGA